CAUGGAUAUUUGGAUCUGGGCUCUGAAUUCUUAUACAAAUUAAGAAGAGAAAAAUGGGAGGGAUAAGGAAAUAUCAUGGUGUUAGACAACGCCCUUGGGGCUCUUUGGUUGCUGAGAUUCGUCAUCCAAUCCUGAAGAAAAGGGUGUGGCUUGGAACAUAUGAAACAGUGGAAGAAGCAGCUUGUGCAUAUGAUGAAGCUGUUGUAAUUGUGCGUGAUCAUGGUGGAAACAUAAAUCUUCCUCAUAAUUAUAACUCAGAGAAGAGAAGAGUUCUAUCCACAGCAAUGAUUUGUAAGCUCCACAAUCUCAAUAUGGCCUCCAUGAAUAAGGUUUUUCUUCAAUAUGCUGCUAAGAAGGAAGGCUCCAUAUUCUCUUGAAAUUCCUUCGUCUGCUUAAAGUUAGACAAGUUAGACAAUGAGAAACCCAAUCAGUUGGGAAUAUGGCAAAAGAAAGUGGAUGGUAGAGGAGGGGAUGAAUCCAACUGGGUCAUGAAAGUUGAAAUUCCUCCAAUAAAAGUGAAUAAUGAGAGAGACAAUAGAACAACUUCUUCAAACAUUAGACUGGUUAAACCCACAUAGAUAUGAAAUUAAGUUUUUGGGCUGAGCCUAAGUGCCUUUGGAAGAUGCCCUAUUAGGGUUGGAAAGAUGUAAGUUAUAAUUUAUAAUAGUGAUUCUUUGUCACAUUAGAUUUGUCACAUUAGAUAUAUAAACAUGGUAAAUUAUAUUUUAGUUUAAAAAGGGAAAUUGCAUAAUAUAGGCUAUUUUUUAAUGUUAAUGAAGAUUUGAUUAUUUGUAAUUUAUUUAAUUAUCAUAUGUUUUGGUA